AAAUUUUACUCGCUCUCCGGGUGCCUGGUGCAAGGAUUAAUUACUCUUUAACUCCUUCCAGUAUUGGAUUUCAGAUGCGCGACUUUUUUGAAUCAUUUAAUUCCCCCAAAACCCAACCUUGAAGGUCUAGCCUGGACGCGAAGCUAGGGGGGAGUUCCCUCUCUCAGGACUUCAUUCGGGAUUAUUCAUGGACGAAAGAAUGCCAAGUGUUAUUUCGAAUGAGUCGAGACUCCUCAGUCUGCCCCCGGAGAUAUUCGGAAAGAUCUUUGAGAGGUUCAUGGUGGACCAUGGGUUGGAUCCCGCAAUGCAGUUACGUUUUGUCUGCCGUACAUUCAGCAAUGAAGUUCUCCGUACGGUUUGUAGGCUCGAAUACCUAGAGGAUCCGUGGCCGGCAAAUUAUCGCUAUCAGCAUCCCAAUCUGGCACUCGAAUAUCUCUUAUCGAAAUUCAAGGGGGAAAGGGCUAUUAAGUACCAUAUCACGAGGCUAAUAGAUGUGACUGUCAACUCGAUCAUCGAAGAAAUGCCAGACCUUCAGCCACGUAGAGAAGAGUUUAUGCGGGGAUUAUGCUGGUGUCUCUUCGAUGCUCGGUACAAAUACAUGAAUAAGAUAGACGAUGUUUUGAAUGACGACGAUGAGUUAACGCGGGUGAAUGAAUACGUUGAUCGACGAAGGAACAUGCUCGCAGCAGCAGCCUACCUCGGGAUCACCGCCUUGGUCCAGCGGCUUGUCGAUCGAGGUGUGGAAGACAAGGGCACGAGAUUUGGGUACCCAUUAAAUUGCGCCGUUGCAGGAGGGAAUUUAGAUGUCAUCCGCCUCCUUCGAGACCGGAAAUUCGUGCUCUCCCACGCACACUAUCCCAACUUCCUACCGAGCAAUCAUGGACUCGUUCUUCGGAUACUCUGCGAGCCAGCGUGGGGCCGGUCAGGUCCUAGAUCGCCGGAAUCACCUGGACAUAUCUCGAACGUGGCAUACGCUAUUAUGCGGGCGGUCGCCAUUGGCGAUUCUGAGACUGUAACUUAUCUUCUUGGUCGUGCGGAAACUUAUGGCAGAAAAUAUGAAUUACUCGAAUGGUUCAAAAGCGUCGGCGGCCUCUAUGACUCCAUGCUCUGGAUAGCUGCUCAUCAUGGGCACAUGGGCCUGGUCCAACAUGCCCUCCAAAAUGACGCCAGUGUUGACCGCAUGCUCGGGUGGAGCAUUUGGGGUAUCCGGGGGGUGGUUCCAGGGAGACGGAUCACGGGAAGCCCACUCGAUGCUGCCGCUAAGAGCGGUCAUUGGGAGAUUGUGAGGCUCCUUCUCGAUACAGGCGCGAAAGCAACGUCAAAAGCCUUGGCUGGUGCAGCGAAGGCCGGGUGGCUGCUCAUCGCGCAGACGCUGGCGGAUGAGGGAGCCAGCGUUUGGCCAUGCUGGUCUGGCUCUGGCCAAAUGGCCUUUGUAGAGAUCGUGGAAAGAGGAAACUUGGAUAUGGUACGGUUGUUCUUGGAACAUGGUUUUGCUAAGGAAAGGACCGAGCAGCAGCAGUAUAUUACAGCGUAUGCAUACAAUUUUGCGCGGAAGAAGGGCAUGCAUAGCAUAAUGAAGCUGAUCGAAGCAUAUGGAUUUCAGCCGAAGUAGGAGAGGAAGAAGAUUUGAAAUUUAGACAGCAUAAAGACGAGAUGGAGGAGAAAUGGACUUGACUGCUUGAGGCUUGUUGGUACCUGCACUACAG